AGGGGCGUGACCGGUUGUGACGGAGAGGCGGGCGGUUUCCGGUUCCGGUCUCCCCUUUUCUCAGCAGCGAGGCGACGCGACCGGUGCCAAGAUGCAGAUCUUCGUGAAGACGCUGACGGGCAAAACCAUCACCUUGGAGGUGGAACCCAACGACACGAUCGAGAACGUCAAGGCCAAGAUUCAGGAUAAAGAAGGGAUCCCCCCCGACCAGCAGCGGCUGAUCUUCGCGGGCAAGCAGCUGGAGGAUGGCCGCACCCUCGCCGACUACAACAUCCAGAAAGAGUCCACCCUCCACCUGGUGCUGCGCCUGCGGGGGGGCAUCAUCGAGCCCUCCCUCCGCCAGCUCGCCCAGAAGUACAACUGCGACAAAAUGAUCUGCCGCAAGUGCUACGCCCGCCUGCACCCCCGCGCCGUGAACUGCCGCAAGAAGAAGUGCGGGCACACCAACAACCUGCGCCCCAAGAAGAAGGUCAAGUAAAGCGGGCAUCGCCCGCCCUGCCAAUAAAGCAUCGCAGCGACCCAG